AUGGAAUAUUUUAGGAAAAUUGGCGUUUGCGCCAUAAAAACAUAUUUGAGGAUAUUAAAACACGAAUAUUCAACUAAACUCGGUUUGCUCAGUGAUGUUAAUGUAUUAGAUCUCUCAAGGAUAGUGGCUGGUCCUUACUGUACUAUGGUUUUGGGUGAUUUAGGCGCAAAUGUAAUAAAAGUGGAAAGUUUUGAUGGGGAUGAGGCUCGAAAAUGGGGUCCUCCUUUUAUUAACGAGAAUAAAGACUCUCUUUAUUCUUGUUCUGUGAACCGUAAUAAGAAGAGUAUCUGUAUUGAUUUUAAAACACCUGAGGGCAAAAAAGUGUUGCAUGAUAUAGCAAAAAAAUGUGAUGUGUUGGUAGAAAACUUUAUUCCUGGCAAACUCGAUCAGUACGACAUGGGCUAUGAACAGUUGAAGGGAAUCAACCAAAAAUUAAUAUACUGUUCUAUCACGGGCUUCGGAUCUACGGGACCUUAUGCAAAGAAACCAGGCUAUGAUGUUAUUGCAUCAGCAAUGGGCGGAUUGCUCAACACAACCGGGGAACGUAACGGUGACCCUUGCAAACCUGGAGUUGCAAUCACAGAUAUUACCACAGGACUUCAUGCCUUCGGAGCUAUCAUGACAGCGUUAUAUUUCAGGCAGAAAACAGGCAGAGGGCAAAAGAUUGACUGCAAUCUUCUGUCUACUCAAAUAUCGAGUAUGAUAAAUAUAGCAACGAUUUACUUGAAUUGUGGCAUCGAAGGGCAAAGAUGGGGUACGGCUCACGCCAAUCUUGUCCCGUACCAAGCGUUUAAAACUCAGGAUGGGUACAUGGUGAUAGGUACUGGAUCAAAUGCCCAAUUCGUUGACUUUUGCAAGAUUAUCGGAAGAGAAGACCUGAUUGACGAUGAAAGAUUUAAGGACAAUUCGAAAAGAGUGGAAAAUAGAGAUGAGAUUAUUAAAAUAAUCAGUGAAGUUAUUGUCACGAAAACUAAUAAAGAGUGGAAGGAACUUUUUAAAGGUGCUUCUUUCCCCAAUGGACCAAUUAACAAAAUGAAAGACGUCUUUGAAGAUGAGCAUGUAAAGGCUAUUAAUUUAGUCAAAGAGUUACCACAUCCUGAGGCAGGAACAGUCAAGGUGGUGGGUCCUCCUACUGUUUAUGGGUUGGGCGGUAAUGAGGCCAGAACAGCACCCCCUACUUUAGGACAACACACCAGGGAUAUAUUGGCGAAUUUCUUGGGUUAUCACGAUAAGAAAAUUGACACAUUAUUCGCGGAUAAGAUCGUGCGUUGA